AGUGGUGGGGGUGGGGAGGCAGGGGGUUGAGGUGACGGAGGAUUUAGCGUGGGAUUGACGGAUUCCGCCAGCGCCAUCGGCGCCGUUAAACGUUCGGUCUGCUCUUCAUUUCCCUCCAAAUCCUGUGCCUGAGAGAAAGAGAUUUGAGAGGGAGGAAGAGCGAGUGACAGACAGAGAGCGCUUCGGGAGAGGUGCUUUGUCUGGUUUCCGGUUUUCCGCCUUCUUUUACUCCCUUCCCGCUAGGAAAGGGUGGCAAUGCUGGUGCUGCCAUCCUGAGUCCGACAGCCGCCGCCUGCUUCUGGUCGCUUUCGACUUCGACAAUGGAGGGUUUCUUCUUCCAUGGCUCUGCUGCUGCUAGUCUUCUCCUUCCAGCAGGCUGGAUGUAGCACCUGUUUCAGUUGAUUACCUCUGCAGUCGGAGAUAACUCAAUUAGUACAAUCAUGAAGCUCACAUCGAAAAAGGGACUAAACGGUAUAUUGCCUCUUCGGCUGAGAGGAAAGUCGGCAGCUCGAUUUUGCAUGUUCUCCAAAGUACAAUCAUCGAGUGUGGACUCUGGAAAUGCACCGGUUUAUCUGAACGUGUAUGAUUUGACACCCAUGAACGGCUAUGUAUACUGGGCAGGCCUUGGAAUUUUUCAUUCUGGAGUGGAAGUUCAUGGAGUGGAGUAUGCAUUUGGGGCACAUGAUUAUCCAACUAGUGGGGUUUUUGAAGUCGAACCUCGACAAUGUCCAGGAUUUAAGUUUAGGAAAUCCAUUUUGGUUGGCACGACAUGUUUGGAUCCAGCUCAAGUACGAGAAUUUAUGGAGCGUCACUCUGUAAAUUACCAUGGUGAUACAUAUCAUUUAAUUGUCAAGAACUGCAAUCACUUCUGCAAAGAUGUCUGCUAUAGGUUGACUGGGAAAUCGAUUCCAAAAUGGGUGAAUCGACUGGCCAGAAUAGGGUCGCUAUGCAACUUCCUGUUGCCUGAGGGUCUUAAGGUUUCGGCUGUACGGCAUGAUCCUGAUUAUCAAAAUUGCGACGUUGAGAAGAGGAGACUAAGAACUGCAUUCAGCUGCUUGUCAUCAAUUUCAAUAAGACAGAGGCACUUGUCUGCAUCAUCUCCAUUCCUAAAUUCACCCUUCAGUGGGAGCCUGCCACCAUGGGAAUUGAGAAGGUCCAACAACAACUCUUUGAAGGAAAGGCAGCGGGCUCUAGGAUCUUGCUGAACCUGUGGAACCUUAUUGGAUAAGCUGCUGAAUAUUGGUUUCUGGGAAUACGAGGCAGUGGUGAUGACGUUAUUGGGUGUAGAUAAGCUGGCUGCAUGUGGAAUCAGUCCUGGUAUAAUGAAGUUGGUAACAACAAUGAUGGACUAAAUCUAACCCCUCAAAAAGCGGCUGUUUUAAAGCUGUAAUGAAACAUAUGUAGGUCCAUUUCCCUCCAAAAGACGACUGGAAAGAAGGAAAAUCUUCUCGCGUCAACGUGCGUUGGCCUGCCUACGCUAUUCUUGUUGAGACUACAAAAAUUUGAGUUCCUUGAGUGCUUGUGGUGGCUAACAAAGUAAUGACCGGGUGGACAUCUUUUGUUUGUAAUUUUGUUAUCAAUGACUACUAUUGGCACAGUUGAUAUAAUAUAUUGGCCGAAAACAAGUGCCAGAACAGAAUUUAUGUGGUUCUAAUGAAUUUGGUUUCUGUACCAUUAAACAA